AACGAAAGCUUCCCAUUGGUUGAUGAGCUGCGUAUUUAUCUGUGACUUUUGUCAUUGACACCGACUAGUCGGUUUUGAGGAGUUAAUAUCUGAAGUGAAACUUGAUCAUUCGUAACAGGGUAGUCCCACGAACGAUUCGCCCUCAUGGACCAGGCACACAACCUCGUAGGCAAUGUCUGGGGUCCCGUAGGGUCCUUUCCGCUUGUCUGUGGUCUGGAUCCGGUUAUGCCCGAUCCCCCGGACACUGGCCUGAAUAUGGCUGUGCCCGACCCCCAGGACAAUGGCCUGAAUAUGCUGAUGACCGAUCCUCAAGACGAUCGCCUAAAUCUGGUUAUGCCUGACUCCCAGGACGAUCGCCUGAAUGUGGCUGUGCCCGACCCCCCGGACACUGGCCUGAAUAUGGUGAUGACCGAUCCUCAAGACGAUCGCCUAAAUCUGGUUAUGCUUGACACCCAGGACGAUCGCCUGAAAAUGGUUAUGCCCGACCCCCCGGACACUGGCCUGAAUAUGGUGAUGACCGAUCCUCAAGACGAUCGCCUAAAUCUGGUUAUGCCUGACUCCCAGGACGAUCGUCUGAAUAUAGCUGUGCCCGACCCCCAGGACAAUGGCCUGAAUGUGGUGAUGACCGAUCCUCAAGACGAUCGCCUAAAUCUGGUUAUGCCUGACUCCCAGGACGAUCGUCUGAAUAUAGCUGUGCCCGACCCCCAGGACAAUGGCCUGAAUGUGGUGAUGACCGAUCCUCAAGACGAUCGCCUAAAUCUGGUUAUGCCUGACUCCCAGGACGAUCGUCUGAAUAUAGCUGUGCCCGACCCCCAGGACAAUGGCCUGUAUAUGGCGAUGACCGAUCCUCAAGACGAUCGCCCGAACAUCAUCGUGUCCACCCCCCAAGGCAAUGGUCUGGAUCCUGAGGUUGCCCGGGCCAUGGCUGCCACAAGCGAGUGUAACAGCAUGAUGCCGCUGAUCAAACUGGAGCUCAACACCAAAAUCAAGUUAAGACGACCCAACCUGACUGUGUCAAGUCAGCCGAGUCCACUACCCGAGAUGACACUGGGGGAUUUGGACCGACGGGAAAAAGUCAGGAAAAGAAAUAAACAUCACGCUAACAUGAGUCGAAAGAGAAAAAAGGCGAAAGUGAAAAUAUUGAAAGAGGAGAUCGCGCGAUAUGAAACUGAGAACGCCCUCCUGAUGGAAGAGAUCGCCAAAAGCCGUGGACAGAACACGGUCCUGGAGGACAUUCUCCAUCACCACGAGUGUCGUCAUCAACUUCCCCAGGAUAUCCGGCCUACGUGAAAUAAUCUGUUUCGGGCAUCCUGUCGUCACCCUGAAUCAGGCUCCAUUUUAAAAUUAGGAUCAUACGCAUUCCUGCAUUCCUUUUUGUGUUGAAUAUGCGUCGCAAACUUUUCCUCGAACUAUGUAGCUCUCACAGUGACUAUAUUUCUCUCAAAACAAGACCAUAUCAUGUUCGUUUUAGUAAUGACCAUUCAUUAGUGGGUAUGUCAUGUUACAUGCACGCCACCUGUUAUCCUAACAUUUAAAACUAGGGUCCAGAUCGCGCUGUCCGGAACAAAUGUAAUGAUUUCCCAAGCAGCGCGACUGGGGGUGGAUGACGUCAUUGCUAUGACAACGCACCUUUGGUCUCGCGGGACAGGAUACGAUUCAAGGCGAUUCAGCUGCUAUUGAAGCAGAUUGUCGUGACACAGGUUGAUUGACACGCAGUAGAAACAGUUCGCUGUGCACUACCCUGACGUGGCAGUGUCUUUGCUUGACUAUGACUACAAUGUACGCUAAAGCUUUCACUACAUCUGACUGCUCGAAUAUCUGGAUUCUUUUAUUACCGUAUUUCUUCUAUUAGACGCCGGGCCUCUAUGGACGCCGGGCUCUUAUAGAAGCCGGGUCAAUUGUUCACUGCAAAGAAUAGAAGCCGGGCCUCUAAUAGACGCCGGGUCGAUCAAUUGAUACAAUUAAUGACCCCUUUUUGGGAUUCGUGGUCAUAGUGAAAUGGGGGUAUCAAUAGAAGCCGGGCCUCCAAAAGACGCCGGGCCUCUAAUUGACGCCGGGACAAAGGCUUGUCCGAAAUAAAUAGAAGCCCGGGCGUCUAAUAGAGGAAAUACGGUAUAUAUAUCCAUGCGUAUGACACACCUAAGAGCGUGAGUAAACGGAGCAAUGGACCCAGAAACAGUCGGCCAUCCUGCUUUUCUCGGUAUCAAUGCCAGUCAAUAUACGUGCCCUUUAACUAUCGUCUCUGUGUGGCAAUCUUGGAGAAAGGGGAUGGUUGGUUAGACUCUGGUGUAUCCGAAACAAAUGAUACUUCCUCCCCAUCCUUUGUCUGUCUCCUGAUCCAAACGUCAUGAUUUAUAUGAAGCUAACAGUCAACUGGGGCAAUGUCUCUGUUUCACACAGGACAAUCAGAACUCUGUCUGGCCACAAGGCCGAGGAGUAACGUACCCCUUUAGACAACAUAGCGCUAAGAUCGUUUUGUGUCCUGAAACGUGGACUUGCGAAAAUCACCCGAAACGAUGACGCGACCGGAAUUUUCUGAAGCACAGACCACGUGCUAGGUUUUACAAGCUCUAGUUUUACUGAAUAAGCACAAGGAUGAAAGUUGCUGUUCAAAAACUGUUUGAUAGACACAUAAAUGAUUUCUUUAUAUUAGAAAAAAAUAU